UCUCGACGCCGUGAGGGAAAUCAUGGGCUGCUGCGAAAGUCGCCAUGAUCCCUCCCUCAUGUCUUCGGGGAGACCGGAGAUGUACAAGAGCUCUAUCGACGAGGGAGGAAGCAUGCCGGCGGUGGAACGAGCAGCCGAGGCGAUCCGCGCCUCGGCUGGAGGACAGCUGACGCCUGGGGGGCUCCGAGACGUCCGACUCGCCCUCCUCGCCCUCCCUCGCGACCCCAACAGCGUCCCGGAGGUCGAGCAGCGCGACAUGUCGGAGAUCGUUCAGAUUCUCAAGUGUGAAACUCAGAGUGCCGACUUGAUGCUGACGGGGCUGGUGCUCAUGCGGUACCUGGCUCAGCGCCAGGUCAACCAGAAGAGAAUGGCGGCGACGGACUGCGUUUCCCUUGUGCUGCAGGCCCUUCAGAUCCACGACUCGAACCCGACGCUGCAGGGAGUAGCGUGCGAUACCCUGGGGAACCUGCUGCAGGAGGAGAUCAAUACCGAGCAGUUCCUGCAGCAGAGAGGGGUGGAUGCUGUCUUCCGAGUGAUCAAUGCCAACAUGUCUCACACGCGGGUGAUGGAAGCGGCAUGCUUCCUGCUAGGGAACGUGGCGUCGUCGGAGGAGGGACUGAAGCACAUUGCGAGGAACGGAGGAGGGAAAGUUGCGCUGUCGGUGAUGAAGGCCCAUGACAAGGAUCCUGAACUUCUGCGGGAGCUUCUCUUCCUGACCUCCAACGUCGCGCAGAGUCCACAGCUACAGCAAGAGCUGACGGACG